UGUGUGGUAAGGUUUACUGCUAAAUCAAUUGUUUUACCAAAAUAUAGGCAUUGCUUUAAGGUAAAUGCGUCCACCUUUUGCGAUUUAGACAGGGCUUUCUUCUAGUGAUAUUUUUCAGCAGUUCACAUUUUAUAAACGCAGUUUUUUUCCCCUCAUGUUUCUUCCAAACGUUCGUUUUAUUUAGAAGAGGCCAUGAAUUCUAAAGAAAUAAUGAAUUAUGCUACCCAAAUAGAAAAGUUACACAAGGAUGGCAGCUAUGAAGAUAUCAUUUACUUAUUAUUGACAGAUCUGAACAACACUACUGUCACUGUAGAGCAGUUACAAACUACAGACAUUGUUUAUGUCCUUUAUAAGCUGCUUAAAUUCUGUCCAGUUGUGAGUGUUAAAAAAUUCGCAAAGGGUUUGCUGUCAAAAUGGAAGAAGUUGUACAGUUCACAUGCGAUAAAAAAUAAUAAGGAAUCGGGGGAGAACCAAGAACCAGAGACACGCAAACUACCUAAUAGUGAAAUUCACACCGAAACACCACGUGUAACCAAUGGAGUGCAGCAUUUCAAUCAAAAGGCAGAAGACGUCUUUACAUGCAGCACGGUAAACCAGGACAUAAGUGACAUUAGUCUAUACUCAGUUCAUCUGCCUUCUGAAAAGCCUUGUUCAGAAAAGGAACCUGGGGAAUCUGUUGAGCUUCAAUGUGAAGGAGGGAGCUUCACUUCAGACACAUUGUCACAUAGAGCAGAUAAAGAUGAAACUUUUUUAUCCUCACUUCCACGACACACAAAUCAGCCCAGCACCUCUUCUGACCCAACGGACCUAAGAUCCAAAUUUGUCCAGCUGAUUCUCCAGGCUCUUACCCCAAAUCAGCAAAUCGACACAUAUCAGACAGAUAAGCUCACAGCCCUUGCUCUGGAAAUUGAAACAUGUGUUUAUACCAUUCAUGGACGAAACCAGGCCAAGUACAAGUCCUGCAUCAGGAGCAAAGUGGCCAAUCUAAGGAACCCAAAGAACCCUCACCUGCGCCAAGGCCUUAUGUCAGGACACCUGACUCCAGAUGCGUUUUCCAGGAUGUCUACAGAGGAGAUGGCUGGGGUGGAACUCCGACAGCUCAGGAAGGGUUACACCACUUUGGGCAUUAGUGAGCAUCAGUUACCACAUGCCGUGGAAGGGACACCAACUCAUAAAGUUCGCUGCAGGCGCUGUGAAGCUUUGGACUGCAGGGUGACACAGAUCUCACGAGGGGUGCUCUUUCUGCCUUCCUGGGUUCGGAGUGGCAGUGCAGAUGAUGAUGCGAUGACUUUUGUGACCUGUGCCAACUGUGGGGAACAGUGGUACCACAGCAGCUGGGUUUGCCUUUAAGCAAAAGCAUAACUGUGGGUAUUGAUUAGUAUUUAAGUAAUUUAGUGUUGUUAAACUGUACUAUUUGGCCUUUUUUUCUGCAGUUGUUGUUUUCUUGUGGCCUUUAAUUUAGAUAUCAUCUGACAAUAGUGCAAUAACAGCAUGUUUACUUUUUGGAACAAAAAUACAUUUAUGAAACUCAAAAAUGUCACUUUCAUUGCUCAUAAACUUAAUGA